AUGCCGCUAUUGGAUGCGGUUAAAAAUUUAGGAACCUCGUCUACAGUUGCUAAAGUUAAAACCGCUACCGAUGAGAAUAGAAAUGCCGGAGUUUCGACUUCUCUUAUAACACAAAUAUGUGUUCUCACCUACACUCCAAAUACCUUGAGGGAAAUUAUCCAACUGUUAAGGAAGCGUUUAAUAAACAACUCGAAGAAAAACUCUCAUAAAAGUACAGUUCGGUUACUAAAGACGAUUACGCUGAUAACAUUUCUGGUGAGUAAUGGUUCUGAAGAAUUCGUUUCAUGGCUUAAAGAAUCCUUAGUGCUGAUUGAAAGCUUACAAACAUUCUCCACAACUGAUAAAAAUGACCAGAAGAUGAUAGAGCAUAUACAGACGCUUUCCAAAAAGCUCUGCAGCGUUCUAAAAGAUCCGAAUUUACUGGCCAAGCGCAAGGAGGAUCUCAAUAUGUUCAAGUUAAGUAUUUCUACCCCGGGUAGAAAAUCUACUGACUCGGUUCACCUAAACCCCGUGGGUCAGGUUAGAAAUUCAAUAACAAGUUCCAAGAAUGACACGGGGAGUCCUAUAUGCCCAAGUCCCACGGGCUCUCCCAAAAGUGACGGCCACAGUUUUCACCGACCUUCCAGGCCGUCAGUAAUGAAAAGCGGUUACAAGUACAGCUUUGAUCAAAGUAACCAUAAAUUCCAGCUAGAUGCGCUAGCAGAAGAAGAUACCCGGGAAGACUUAAUCACCACAGGCGUUCCAAGCACCGCUUCACGCUUCUCGCCAUAG